AUGGGAAACAGGCUAGAGGUCAGCAUAAGAGCAGUUGUCAUGCAGAUCGACGUGGAAAUCGAAGCGCCCAGCGACCCGCCGGCCACGCAGCUCGUCACGUGGCAGGUGGAGUAUCCAGGGGACAUCACAUCCGACUUGGGCGUCUCCAGGAUCUACGUGAGCCAGAAGGACCUGGUCGGCAUCGUGCCCCUGGCCGUGGAGGCGGAGGUGCUGAACACCGCGGGCCUCACGGGGGAGGCGGUGGCCGUGCCGGUGACGGUGGUCUCGGUGGAGGAGGACGGCGCCGUGACGGACCUGCUGGGGGCCGUGGAGUGCAGGUCGGCCGACGAGGACGUCAUCAAGGUGUCCGACCACUGCGACUAUGUCUUCGUCAACGGGAAGGAGAUGAAGGGCAAGGUGGCGGCGGUGGUGACCUUCACCUACCAGCACCUGAGCGCCCCCCUGGAGAUGACGGUGUGGGCGCCCCGGCUCCCGCUGCACAUCGAGGUCUCGGACGCCGAGCUCAACCAGAUCAAGGGCUGGAGGGUGCCCAUCGCCCCCGACAGCAGGCCAGCUCGGGACAGCGAGGAAGAGGAAGAUGAGGAGAGGCGGGGUCGGGGCUGCGCCCUCCAGUACCAGCACGCCAUGGUGCGCGUCCUGACUCAGUUUGUGGCCGAAUCAGCGGACCCUGGGGGCCCCCUGGCCCACCUGCUGGGCUCCGACUGGCAGGUGGACAUCACGGAGCUGGUGAAGGAGUUCAUGCAGGUGGAGGAGCCUCGGAUCGCCCGGCUGCAGGGGGGGCAGGUCCUGGUGGGCCAGGAGCUCGGGAUGACCACCCUCCAGAUCCUGUCGCCCCUGUCGGACGCCAUCCUGGCUGAGAAGACCAUCACGGUGCUGGACGAGAAGGUCACCGUCACGGACCUGGGGGUGCAGGUGGUGGCAGGCCUGUCGCUCUCCCUGCAGCUCAGCCCAGGGAGCAACAGGGCCAUCUUCGCCACAGCCCUGGCUCAGGAGCUUCUGCAGAGGCCCGGCCAGGAGGCGGCCCUCAGCUGCUGGGUGCAGUUCAGCGACGGCGCCGUCACGCCCCUGGACAUCUACGCGGGGGGAGACUUCUCCCUGUCGGCCACCUCCGCGGACCAGCAGGUGGUCUCCGUCCGCCAAGACCCCGCCUCCCAGUGGCCCGUCCUCGUGGCGGAAUCCGAGGGGCAGGGCGCCCUGGUCCGGGUGGAGAUGGUCAUCAGCGAGUCCUGCCAGAAGUCCCAGCGGAAGAGCGUGCUGGCCGCGGGGACCGCCUCCGUGAGGGUGAAAUUCGGCCAGACCGACCACGACUGGGUGGGGCUGAGCCCGGGGGCGGAGCUGCUGGAGAGCCGCCUCCGCUUCGCCCAGGACGAGCCGAUCAGCACCACGGACAGGGGCCUGGACCUGGAGGAGAGCAAGUUCCUGCUCAGCACCCAGACCAGCGCCAACGGGCAGCUGCUGUCCGGACCCGCCGCCGGCGCCCCCAGGAGCGAGGGGAAGAGCGAGCCGCCCACGUCCCCCACCUCCAAGAGGAGGAGGGUGACCUUCACCACCUUCACCUCCAUCUCCUCCCCGGAGGACAGGGGCCCCGCGGGCGCCCCAGGGACGGGCGGCGAGGAAGACUCGGGCUGGGUCUGCCGGGCCCUGGACCCUGGGGAGCAGGACCCACGCGGCUACGUGGAAGGGAUCCUCCGGGAUGACGCGUAGCACGCACGCGCGCGGACAGUGGUUCUCACUCACCUUUUCGCCUUUAAUUUUGGGGGUGGGCGGCCAGGGUGCCCCGCCAGGGGGAGGAAGGAAGGACAGGACGAGACCCCGGUGACAUUGUCAACAGAGUCCCAGGAAACACCCCUGGCUCCGCCCGGAGGCCGGAUCCCUCUGGACGCCCCUGUCCCCACGGCAGGGUCAGUGGCGAGGCGCUCGUCACACGUGGCAGGAUGUGUGAACCCGGGGAGAGAAAUACAGCCUGGAUCUCUGAGCGUCUGCGAGCCUCCAGGGACGAGCGCCCCCCUCUCUCUAAUCAGGGGGUCGGGUGUGAGGUCCGCGUGGGGCCGCCGCUCAGGGUGUGGACGAGGGAGGAACGCUGACCUGGGGUGGAGCGGAAGUGGUCGCUGGGGACGUGGGUG